AGCGCAGGAGAAGGCGGGGGAGGAGAGGCCCCCGGGACCGCGAGCGGCAGCUGGGGAGGGGGCCGCGGAGCCGGAGAGCGAGCAAAACAGCUGAUCUGAUUUUCCCUUAAAGCGAGAGAAAAUGGAAGUCGGGUAGCGGCGACUGCGGCGCUGCAGGCUGGCGGAGCGGAGCGGCGCGGCAGAGCCCUCAGGGGUUGUGGUCCCACACCAUCUACUGGGACAACAAUGGGCCAUUUCCAGCACGGACGGUGCAGCAUUGCCCUGGCUGCCUGAUUGCCACACACCCCCAGAGAAUCACACUGUUUGAAAAGUGGAAGUGACAAAAGAGGAGCUCCACCAGCCAAGGCUCCAGUACGUGGAGAGAAGGAAGAAGGCAAUCUCCUAAUUGGUACCAUAUACAUCAGAUGGAUGGUUUCUAGCCUGCUUCCAAACCCCACCUCGGCUGAGUGUUGGGCAGCCCUUCUACAUGAUCCUAUGACUCUUGAUAUGGACGCAGUCCUGUCAGACUUUGUUCGGUCCACAGGGGCAGAACCUGGUCUGGCCAGAGACCUGCUGGAAGGCAAAAACUGGGACCUGACAGCCGCUCUGAGUGACUAUGAGCAGCUCCGACAGGUGCACACAGCCAACCUGCCACAUGUGUUCAAUGAGGGCAGGUGUCCCAAGCAGCCAGAGCGAGAGCUGCCACAGCCCGGGCACAAGGUGGAACGGCCCUGCCUUCAGAGGCAGGACGACAUCGCCCAAGAAAAGCGACUUUCUCGGGGAAUUUCCCACGCCAGCUCGGCUAUCGUCUCCCUGGCCAGAUCCCACGUGGCCAGUGAGUGCAACAAUGAGCAGUUCCCCCUGGAGAUGCCCAUCUACACAUUCCAGUUGCCGGAUCUGAGCGUGUACAGUGAAGACUUCAGGAGUUUCAUCGAACGGGACUUGAUCGAGCAGGCGACCAUGGUGGCUUUGGAGCAGGCAGGUCGCCUGAACUGGUGGUCCACCGUGUGCACGAGCUGUAAACGGCUUCUUCCUUUGGCCACUACAGGAGAUGGGAACUGCCUUUUACACGCCGCCUCUCUGGGAAUGUGGGGGUUUCACGACCGGGACCUGGUUUUGCGGAAAGCUCUCUACACCAUGAUGAGGACAGGGGCUGAAAGGGAAGCCCUAAAGCGAAGGUGGAGGUGGCAGCAGACACAGCAAAACAAGGAGUCAGGGCUGGUGUACACCGAGGAGGAAUGGGAGCGGGAGUGGACUGAGCUACUGAAAUUGGCAUCCAGCGAGCCACGCACGCACUUCAGCAAGAACGGUGGCACAGGCGGGGGUGUGGACAACUCUGAGGACCCCGUGUAUGAGAGUCUAGAGGAGUUCCAUGUGUUUGUCCUCGCCCACAUAUUAAGAAGACCAAUAGUUGUCGUAGCAGAUACAAUGUUGAGAGACUCAGGUGGAGAAGCAUUUGCUCCAAUCCCAUUUGGAGGGAUUUACCUGCCUUUGGAGGUACCUCCCAACAGGUGCCAUUGCUCACCUCUGGUUCUUGCCUAUGAUCAAGCGCAUUUCUCUGCCCUGGUGUCCAUGGAGCAGAGAGAUCAGCAAAGAGAACAAGCCGUGAUCCCUCUGACGGAUUCGGAGCACAAGCUGCUGCCUCUGCACUUUGCAGUGGACCCCGGGAAGGACUGGGAGUGGGGCAAAGACGACAACGAUAACGCCCGGCUGGCCCACCUGAUCCUGUCGCUAGAAGCCAAGCUGAACCUUCUGCACAGCUACAUGAACGUGACGUGGAUCCGGAUCCCCUCGGAGACCCGGGCCCCUCUGGCACAGCCGGAAUCCCCAACAGCCUCUGUGGGGGAGGACGUGCAGUCCCUGGCCGACUCCCUGGACUCGGACCGCGACUCGGUGUGCAGCAAUUCCAACAGCAAUAAUGGCAAGAAUGGCAAAGACAAAGAGAAAGAGAAGCAACGCAAGGAAAAGGACAAGACCCGCGCGGACUCCGUGGCCAACAAGCUGGGCAGCUUCAGCAAGACGCUGGGCAUCAAGCUGAAGAAAAACAUGGGUGGCCUGGGAGGUCUCGUGCAUGGCAAGAUGGGCCGCGCUAACUCCGCCAACGGCAAGAACGGCGACGCCCCCGAGCGCAGCAAGGAGAAGAAGACCAAGUCACGCAAAGGCAGCAAGGAGGAAUCGGGUGCGUCAGCGAGCACGUCUCCGUCGGAAAAGACCACGCCGUCGCCCACGGACAAGGCGGCCGGGGCGUCGCCGGCCGAGAAGGGCGGCGGGCAGCGGGGCGACGCCUGGAAGUACAGCACGGACGUGAAGCUGAGCCUCAACAUCCUGCGCGCCGCCAUGCAGGGCGAGCGCAAGUUCAUCUUCGCCGGCCUGCUGCUCACCAGCCACCGGCACCAGUUCCACGAAGAGAUGAUAGGCUACUACCUGACCAGCGCGCAGGAGCGCUUCAGUGCCGAGCAGGAGCAGCGGCGCCGCGACGCCGCCGCCGCCGCCGCCGCCGCCUCCACGGCGAAGCGGCCGCCGCGCAGGCCUGAGACCGAGGGCGCGCCGGGCUCCGAGCGCGCCUCGCCAGGCCCGCCGGCCGGGCCGCCCACGCAGCUGGUGCUCAAGCUCAAGGAGCGCCCGAGUCCCGGGCCGGCGGCGGGCACGCGGGCGGCGCGGGCGGCGGCGGGCGGCGCGGCCUCCCCGGGCCCGGGCGGCGGCGGUGGCGGCGCGCGACGCGCUGGCGCCAGCGGACCGCUCCCUGGCCGCAGCCCGCCGGCGCCGGCGCGCCAGAGCGUCAUCCACGUGCAGUCGGCGGGCGCGCGGGACGAGGCGUGCGCGCCGACCGUGGGCGCGCUGAGGCCGUGCGCCACGUACCCGCAGCAGAACCGCUCGCUGUCGUCCCAGAGUUACAGCCCGGCGCGCGCCGCCGCCCUGCGCACCGUCAACACGGUCGAGUCGCUGGCGCGCGCCGUGCCCGGCGCCCUGCCCGGCGUGGCGGGGGCGGCCGGCACCGCCGAGCACAAGUCGCAGACCUACACCAACGGCUUCGGCGCCGCGCGCGACGGCCUGGAGUUCGCCGACGCCGACGCGCCGGCCGUCCGCUCGAACGGUGAGUGCGGCCGCGGCGGCCCGGGGCUGGCUCAGCGGCGCUGCCAGCGCGAAAACUGCGCGUUCUACGGGCGCGCCGAGACCGAGCACUACUGCUCCUACUGCUACCGCGAGGAGCUGCGGCGGCGGCGCGAGGCGCGCGGGGCCCGGCCCUGAGUGCGGCGCGCGCUCCGCCAGCUUUUACCAUAAAGGAUUUCUUUUCCAUUCUGUCGGUGUCUUUUUUACAUGCCCUGGUCAACCGGAAGGCCGGCGACUCCUCUGUCAGUGCUGUGUACGUGUUUGGUCAAACGUUCCUAAUGGUGCCUGAACCUACACUGACGCCACUCAGGUAGUAGACGGAUAGGAAACAAGUCAUACUGUUGGAAGUGGGUGUGCUAGCUAGCAUCUGCCUCGUACCUGUGGAAACUCAAUAGCCAUUGCAAGAGUAUUUUUGUUCCUCAAUAAGAGAAAUAAAGAAAUUUGCAGCCCUUUGUUUUUAGAAGGGAGUGUUUUACAUUUUUUUUUUUUUUGCUUUUUUUCUUCUCCCACCCCCGCCCCCCACCCCAGCGACUGACCUCCUCCAUGUAGCGGUCACACGUGUGCGGUCGGUACCACCCAGGGUCAAGAAGCAAACCCGCAGCCCGGGACUGGGGUGGCGACUGUGCUGCGGGCUCACACCUGCUUCCCCUCCCGAGUCCUCGGAGGACAGGAGACACUGUGCCGCCCCGCUGAUAAGUUCUGGUGGUCACGGUGGCCCUUUAGGAAUACGCACCUCCAUCUCAUAAGCAAAAGCUCCUCCCACUCACCCCCCUUCCCACCCCUGGCCCGAGCAACAUUCACACUGCCAUCAAAGCCGCAGGCGUCCUGGGAUGGGCACCGAACAACCUACCUCGCAGGGCGGGGUGAGGGGUAGUGAUGGCCCCCGGUGCCGGGCAGCUGAGGUGACAGGAGAUUUCCAAAGACACCUUGGGUCCAAAAAGCAAGGGUUCUGAAACCACUAUUUGGAAUUGCCCAUGUAUGAGCAAAGAUGACAGUCUGCUCACAUUUCUUCUUUGAAGACACUUCCACAGCGAACUAUCUCCAGAGCACCCCUAGGAAGUGAUCAUUGGUGCCCCAGGAGAGAGGCAAGGGAUUGUCCCUUUGGUCACUAUGUAAAAGCCCCCCCCCCCCCCCCCGCAACGAGGCUGCUUUGAAACCUGGCCUGUGCCUCUUUCCAAAGGGAAAGGGCUGAGGGAAGUCAGGAAGGAAGCCCAUCCCCACCUCCACCUGCAUCUGUCUGGGUUCAGCCAGGUAAAGGGGCGCUACUCCCAUUGGGGUCCCCUCUGCAGGGUAGGGGUAACCCUGCCUGUGGCUCCAUGACACGGUGAGGGGCAUUCCCAUCCCUGAGUGGUCCCUUUUUUGGUGCCUCCUACAUUUCUUGAGGAAAAAAAUAAAAUAUGUGUCCUUAGCUACCCUGUUUUGAGCAGCAAUAUGCAGCCUCUUCCUUCCAAGAUUACCUCUGGAGAAUACCAUUCUUGGCCAAGGACACUGAGGAGUUAAAUCUGCCUCACUAAAGAGAGAUCUUGUUUCCAAGAAAUCCAGAUAAGAUGGGUAAAAUCCUCACUAGCAAAAGAAUACUUUAAAACCUUCGAGAGCCUUAGAAUAGCUUCUAAUAACCCUAAGAAAGAGAGGAGAUAGCGCCCAGCUUUGCUAUGGGUGUUUCCUCAGAAAAUGCAGGAGGUAGACCAUCUCUUCAUUGGAGCCAGCUUCUCCUUCUCCAGAAAGGAUGCUUUUCCCUCUGACAUAAAGAGCAGCAAAAAAUAAUAAUAAUAAUAAUAAUAAUAAUAAUAAAAUUUUAAAAAGGAGGGGAUUUUUUUUACUUGUUUGAAGAAUUAUAGUAAACUAAUUUGAGUAUCUCCUGUAAUUCCUUUUUGUUUUUAAUUAUUCCACAGCACGUGGGGUUUUCAGUAAUUUAUCUAAGUUUUGCAUAAGUGGUUCCUUAAAAUUAUUUAUUAAAUAGAAUCUUUAAGAAAUUUUUUGGAAGUUUUACUUUUCAUGCCGAACAAUACUUUCAAUGUGUGGUAAUUACUAACAUCCAUGUCCCUCAUAUUACUGGGGUUUCUUUUGUUACUCAGAAAAAAAAAAGUAAUUUUUUAAAUAUCUCUCAUCACGAGGGUUUGUGGCAGCUUUUUGGACUGAUUCUUUGUGCCCUGCUAGGCAAAGUUGCUUUGCCACCCAAAGUUGAGGUCACAGGAAGUAUUGCAUCACAUAUAGACACUGGCCAUGGCACUAGCCCCUCACUUUAGAAGGUUGAGAGCCAGCCUUGAAAAUGCUUAAUUGUGCAUUUAGAAACCAAACUCAUGUGCACUAGUCAAGAAGGCAUAAAGUAAAAUUAUAUUCGUGUUUUAAUUUUUUAAUGUUAAAGCAGCCAACCAGAAAUUGCCAAAACUGGCUAUGCAAAUAUUUUAUCUUUCUCAUGCCAUGGUUAAAAAAAAAAAAAAAAGGCAAACUGAGAAAAAUAAACACAGUCCAUUGCAAUACCAGAGGAAAACCUUCAAAACUAGGCAGUGCAAUCCAUAGGUAUUAUUUAAAAAUGGUGACUUAUUCUAUCUCCUUGAAUUUCAAAGUCUCCUCUUCCCCACCCCAUCUGACAGAUGUGCCAUGAAUAAGAGCCUGAGAUCUAGCUCUGGGUGGCUUCUCCAGCCAUGUGGAAGGCCCCCAACUUAGCCUGGUCAUAAGGUGGCUGGGCCUGCCAGCGCAUCUGUGAGUGCUUGUCCACAUGGUUUACAAAUAGCUGUUUCCUUUUGUGAGGGAUCUGGAUCCCUUCCUCUAAACAGUAUUGAAAUCGUGAGAGAACCUACUGUUACAUCAAAUGUGCUAGUCCAGUGUACCAGGAACACUCCAUGUUGUUCAAAAGAGCUCUCCAGAUCAGGUCCUUAGCCAAAGUUCUCUCAAACCAAAUUAGUUUAUCAGGCUGAAUAGUAACUAUCAGAAACUGCUGUAUUGUUUACAUGUGGGCCAAGAGGUCCUCUCAGAUCCUUCUGUGACUUGGGGACCUCUUGUGAAUCAGGGAAAGGUUAAAUGGAUCAUAGGCACUGGAGAAAAGGAAGAGAGUCCCAAUUCUAGAAAACCUGAGAACCUCACUGGGGUACACACCCUGGGCUCGGGGUACAUUGCAGACCCUGCCUGUGAGUGACCUUGUCUGAUAUAGCCAGAAUUCCCUUUCCGGGAAGGUCAGAUGUCUCUAAGUGACAGCAAAUUUCCAGAAGGAUCCUAGAUACUUCUAAACCCCAGUGGAAGUUAAUUCAGUAAUUUACUUCACAUUUCCCGCACACACGAGACCCGGGUAUAUGAUUUUUUUUUCAAAUAAUAUAUUGUUAAAGGAAGGUGUUUUUACGUGUAUUCUGUUUGUAGAUUUUAUGCUAUGUUACAUUGAAAUUUUACAAGCCAAGUUCAAACUGUACCAUAGAAAUUAUUUUUAUAUUAUUUCCAGAAUAUGCCACAGAGCAAUAUUUUGCACCCUUAUAUUGUCACAGGGUUGUCCCCGUAGAAGGGUUACCAUAGGUGGGAAGGGGCUCUGUACUGCAGGCUCUUGAGUUUAAGUGCUUUUUGCUAUUUGUUCAUAUCCUCUCUGAAAGUGGGAAUAUGUAAAUGUGUUUUCUUUCUUUAUUGGAAGCUUGAUUUUUUUUUUUCUGUCCAUGGAUUUUGGUACUGCACCUUUCCUCUUAAAUGAAUAGUUUAUAUUCACUAAGUUACUGUGAACUUUUUCUUACCUGUCACCACCCAGUGGCUGGAGUGGAGCUCUGAAAAGUUUGGAUGUUACUUUACAAAUUUAAUAUUUUCCAAAAUGAUUUAUCAAUUCUAGUAGCUUACCAUCAGGAAUUUGGUGACUCCAGAUAAAAGGUUUCUCUACUCACACCCCCACCCCCAGUGCACUUGGUUCUCACCCCUCCCUUAGCAUCCACAAGCUUGUUUUGCAAACCACUCUACUUUGCAAAAAUAAACCUAACCUAUCAAAAUAUAUUUCACAUUAGUUAAGAAAAGUAAAAGGGCUGUACUUAUCAGUGGUGGGAAAUUUGUUCAAGAGAAAAACAGGCUUUGCCAAACCCAUGUAUGCAUUAAGUUCCAUUCUAUGUGAGUCUUCCGUGUUUACUUACGAGACCUGGAGUAAAAGCUGAAGGCAUCUGCUGCACGUUUGGGAUUUCUUUCUUUAUGACAUGAUUCCUUUUUCCUCAUCAUGGUGUGGACUUUACAAAAUAAGCUCCUCCAGUGUUUUUUCUUUUCCUUUCUUUCAAUGCUUCUAAUAAAUAAGAAAAUGUGUUUCCAUGGCUAAGCGAGCCCUGCCUUGUCGGACCUCAACUGCUGUGGCAUCGCCCAGGGCCUGCUGAGGCGGCCUCUGCUCUGGCUAGUCUGGUUCUGCUGUUUCCUGAAGGCAGACACACCAUGGAAAGGCCCAGAGGUGGCUGGCGUUCCUGGCACCAGGGAGAAGGCACCCCCUUCCAAAAAGCCUUAAAGUGGUGGCUCUCUGGAGACCCCUGGGCACCACCUCCCCAUUCAGUCCCGACUAUAAACUCUUUUCUACUUGCACUCCCCCCAUUCUGAUGUGGCUCUUCAGGGCAGAGAUGGGCUUCACAGUGUCAUCCUUUCCAUCUACAACCACCCCCGUUCUCCACACCCACUCUGCAGUGCCCAAUUCUUGUGGGCACAGAGCGUGUCCCUGACAGUGUUGCCUGUUGACACGGGGUGGGGUCCCAGGGUGGGGUCCAGGACAGUGGAUCCUAGAGAGACCUGCGGGACAUGAAUGAUAAUGACCACCCCCCACUCACCCCAAGGAAGUCCCUCCGGACAGCAAGGAGCACUUCCAGGGUACAACAAAUGCUUUGGAAGACUCUCACUUUUGCUCCAAGCAAUGUAUGAAAUGACCUGUAAGCAGUUAUGCAGUCAGCAACAUUCCCCAAAACCAGUCCUUUCUCAUCAUUCCACCCCCAGUACAGAAGACAGAGGGAGAUGCCCUGCAUGGACCCUCAGAAAUAACUGGUAUGUGCAGGCUCCGCGGUAUGAAUAUGCUCUACUCAACUGGGCUGACUUAACACUUAACCCCAGGGACCACACAGAAGCUACUCUCACCAAACAAUCCAAGUAAUGUUACUGCUUCUAUCCAUUCUGCAAAGUGAUUAGUUGAAAUUUGCAUUUUUAUUGUUUGACUCUUGCAAAAAAAAAAAAAAAAAGAGUCCCGCCGGCCCCAAUUAUGUAUGUACAAAAUGAUGCCCAUUGCUAAUGCAUUUUUAUUCAUUCACCCAAGAGAGCAUCUUAAUACAUACAUGUGUGUACAUGUAUCUGUGUAUUUGCGUGUGUAUGUGUAUACACACAUAUAUAUAAUCAGUUCUUUACAAGGUGAAGUAUACCAGUUGGUUUAAGAAGAUAGGUUGAAUCUGCUCAAGACCAAAGCAACCUGUUAAUUUAAUAAGGACAAGUUAGUAAAACCAGCUAUUUGACAGUAUCUAUAAACAGUGGAGGAUGACUUUAAAUGAAGAAGUCAAGUCCUUACAAAGACCACUCCCAUUCUGGUACUUCUGUGACCUCCUCCUCUGUUAUUAGCUGCUCUGCCCCUGCAGCAUGGGCCUGCCUCAGGGUCUUUGCACAUGUUAUUCCUCCUUACACCUGGAAUGUUCUCCCCCAAACCACAUGGCUCACCCUUCACUACCUGCCAGUCUUUGCUCCACUGUCACUUUCAAGGAGGCCUUCCCUGAUUUAUUUAUUUAUUUAUUUAAAAUGACAAUACAUCCCACCCUCGUAUCUCCCUGUGCAUUUUUUGUGCAUUUACUGCCAUCUGAGUGCUGCACAUGUGAAUUAUUCACUCAUUCAUUUUAUGUCCUUCCUCCAAACCCCACAGAAUGUAAGCUCCACGUGGGCAGGAAUUUUUAUAUGUUUUGCUCACUGCUGUAUUCCUGGUGCCUACAACAGUGCCUGACCCAUAUUAGUCACUGGAUAAAUAUUUGUUGAAGAAAAGAAACAAAAUUAGUCUUCUGAUAGCUAUUAAGAGGCCUAAUAAUGCUAGUUUCAACCUUUCAAAUCCAUAUUCCACUGUUUUCCUUAAGUGGGGAAAAUUUUAGCUGAUAAAGCAUCCUGGCUACUUCUCCAGCCUGUGGUCCAUGAUGCCAGAUUGACAGUGAGCAAAUCAUCCUGACUGUGGCAGAUUUCUCCAUGUGUCUGUGAAGGCCUGCCUGGUGGCCCUCUCUCACAGAUAUGAGACUCAACUAUUUACAGAAAGCUCUCUAGAACAAGUUGCAAGGCGGGUUGGGGCUGGGGGGUGGUUCCUACAGGGCAGCUUCAUGGUCAGGCACACGGUGGUGGGCCUCCAUGAUGUUAUUAUGGAGACAUCCUAGAGAAUCCCUUAUAAUUAGUCCUUCGGACACUGUUCCUCCACAGUGUCUCCAGAGAGGCAGGCCUUCCUUCCUAUAACAAACUCAGGUGGCAGCAAAUGACCCAGCUCAGGGAAGGGCGUCCCCUUCUCAUGCACCAAAAGCAGGCCUGGAGAGGAAGAGGAGCUUGUCACACACAAUAGUGGUGGCAGGCAUGGGUAACUGGAUCGACAAAGUUGGAAGCAGCCAGGGCAGAGAGCCAAGACCCCUCCGAGUCUCCCCCUCCAUCUUUGGUUGGUAUGUGCUAGAGGGACAGAGCCUUGACCCUGCAGAGCCAAACACACACCUCCUUGGCCCUGGCCCCCCAGAGCAGGAGGCCCUCAAAUGCAGUUAGGUGACCUCACCUGCCAGCAGGGGAGGGACAGUUCCUCCUCUGAACUCCUCACCCCUUCAGGAUGAUUUUCACAACUACCUAACCUUGGUGUUUACUUCCAGGUCCUUUGGCCCAAAUGUGUUUUCCUCUAAGAGUUGUCGGCAAAAUACUGUUACAAGCUUCUUACAGGACUUUUGUCCUACUAUAGCCUGGUUAAAAGGCUUUGUCCUUCUCUUUAAGCCUCUUCCAUGAUUUGUGCUGUCAUUUUUCUGGGUGCCAUAUCUUAGGGUCCCUCAUGGGGGGGCGGGUGAUGUGAGGUUGCCCUCAUAACACUCCCUCCGCAUCUGCCCAGCACACAGUAAGUGGGCCCACAUGUGUGUGCCCGUUGCUUAAAUUGCCAAAUAAACAGUUUCCCUUUCAUUGCUGCCCUAAGAAGCUGGGGGCGCAUUGGUGCCAGUACUCAGAGAGAACAUGGGCUUUCCCAGACCCUGCCCCCUUGGUCCACUCAAACCUUCCUCCGUGGCAGGUACCCUGUGGUCUGCCUUCUUCCCACACAUUCUUCCCGCUUGCAUGGAAUGGAAUCCAAACACCUGAUUUGGAAUUACAAUUUGGCAGGCGGGAGUGGGGUAGCUUGUUCCCACUAAUUUAUGACCAAAACUAGUAAAACAACCAUGAUCAUGGUUGGAAAUCAGCCAUGGCCUGGAGCCUCAGUGUACAUGGCAAACUCCACCUCUGACAGAGCCAGUCACCAUGCAACACAGGAGGGAAGCCUGAGCCCUCUGUCACAUCAGCAAAGGAGCUAUUAGAGGCGCAGGGAGGCUGACCUGAAUCUGCUCAUGGCCUCAUCUGCAGAUCUUGAAGCCUGUUCACCAUCAUCUUUGAUAAGUUGGUCUUGUUUUAACCAAGGGUUGUUGAAGAGUUUUUGCUUUGUUCCUUCAAACAUGCAUUUGGCCUAUGGAGUCAGUGAAUGUUGUCCCCCUGUUUCUUUCCCUUUUUCCCUGUUUUGAUUCAUUUGACCCACAUGGGGAUGAAACGUGUUGCUUUGUUUCCUGCACUUAGUUGAUUACUGUGGACAAAAGAAGACAUGAAGGCAAAAAUGGGUCAUAAAUCCCCAUUACUUUGACCAAGUUAUCCAGAGCCCUUUCCUCCCUGGGAGUGUUCAUUCUAAUUCAAUGCAAAUAUUCUUUUCCAUCUGGUCCAUUCUUGGAGAAGGAACCCCUUAUAAGAGCUGUCUUUGGUGGUCGGGUUGUUACUUUAUUAAGUAUUAAAGCACUAAACCAAUUUUUGCAAUAUGUAGUAAAUCUUGCUUUCAUUUUGGAAAACUUCCAGUAAUGACUACUGCACUUUUUAUAGAAGAACUGUAUUUCAUUUCUUUCUUUUAUGAAAGAUUAUUUCAAGUAAAAAUAGCUCUGUAAUCCGUGUGACACGGCUUCUCCAUUACUUGACACAGAGAGAAGCUUUGAUGCCCUAAUCAAUAAAAUUAACAUGUUUGUAAAGCA